AUGUCGGCGUUACAGAGAUCGCAGUCUUCAGACAGUGAAGACACCCCCUUGCUAGGGGCCAAUUUAUUCCCGAUCCCAGGACAGCAUGCCCCCACAGAAUCUUCAGACACCGCUCAGGAUGGGGUGAAGCAAGCUGAGGCCAUCACCUUGGCCUGGUCGAAGAAAUCUUUAGUAGCGGCCUACGUCCUGAUGUUUCUCUUGUACUUUGUGAACGCUUUUCAAUCCUCAAUUACCAGCAAUCUCUCGGCCUUCGUCACCAGUGGCUUCGAAUCGCAUUCCUUAAUCCCCGUCAUCUACAUCGUGUCCAGCGUCAUGUCCUCCGCGACUUAUAUGCCUCUCGCAAAAAUAUUGAACGUUUGGGAUCGCUCCAUUGGCUUCUUGAUAAUGGUGGUGUUUGCGACACUUGGUUUGGUCUUGUCAGCGACAUGUACGGGUAUCACAACCUAUUGCAUAUCACAAAUGUUCUACACCAUAGGCUUUGCUGGUGUUAUCUUCAGUAUCGAUGUGAUCACAGCUGAUACGUCAUCGCUCCGGGAUCGAGGCCUUGCGUAUGCAUUCACUUCGUCGCCUUAUAUCAUCACCGCAUUUGCAGGCUCGGCUGCCUCAGAGCGCUUCUAUGCUUACAAUUGGCGGUGGGCGUACGGCAGUUUUGCCAUUAUCCUUCCCAUCGUCGCCUUUCCGAUGUUUGGUCUACUUCAGUACAAUCGUUAUAAAGCGAAGCGCCAGGGUCUUCUGCCCAAAAAAGAACACAACGGCCGGACAUUCAUACAGAACAUUGCCUUUUAUGCUAUAGAGCUAGACCUUCUGGGGGUCUUUCUCCUGGCGACUGGUCUGGUGCUCUUCCUCCUUCCAUUCACCAUUUCUGGGUCUACAGUCAAUGAGUGGAGGUCUCCCUAUAUUAUUACCAUGCUUGUUGCUGGCAUCGUCUGUCUAGUCGGCUUUGUCUUGGCAGAACGUUUUGUUGCCCCGGUUCCCUUUCUCCCAUGGGAGUUGCUGGCCUCUCGAACGGUUCUUGGAGCUUGUCUUCUAGGGGCCUCGUAUCAAAUCGCCUUCUACUGCUGGAACGAAUACUACACAUCAUAUCUGCAGGUAGUCUAUGGGACAAGUAUCUCAACCGCGGGAUACAUUAGCAGUAUCUUCAACGUGAUUUCUGGGGUGUGGCUCCUGGCUGUUGGUUUCUUGAUCAAAAAGACAUCUCGAUUCCGGUGGCUACUUUUUUGGGCCGUCCCAUUAUAUAUGCUUGGAGUCAGCCUAAUGAUAUACUUCCGUCAACCCGGCUGGUCUGUGGGUUAUUUGAUCAUGUGCCAGGUGCUCAUUGCAUUCGGUGGCAGCACCAUGAUCAGCUGCCAGCAGGUUGCAGUUUCAGCCGCAUCUGAUCACAACAAUAUCGCUUCCGCCCUUGCGUUUCUGGGCGUCUUCGGCUCCAUGGGAGGCGCCGUGGGAAGUAGCAUCUCCGGUGCAAUUUGGACAAACACUUUACCCGGGGCGUUGAAGCGCCUACUUCCGGAGUCUGCAAAGGCGGACUGGCGAACCAUCUAUGAGUCUCUCGACAUUCAACUUAGCUAUCCCAUAGGCUCACCAGUCCGAAAUGCUAUUGCCUUUGCUUAUGCUGAAACACAAACCAAGAUGCUGACUGCCGGAACGGCUAUUAUGGCGCUUUCUCUGAUCUGGAUGUUUCUGAUUAAAGACAUCAAGCUCAGCAAAGAUGCCCAAAACAAGGGUGUCGUGUUUUAG